AGCACAAGAUACACUUCAGUAAAGUCGGAAACUUGCACACGACAGCAGCUGAGUGGCACCAAAACAUUGCGUCAGAUCAACGCAGGCCGGUUAUACUCGCUAGUCACUCACCAUUCAUGUCCUCGCCUGCCUGGCGCUGCUUCUUAUACGUGUACAGGUGGCCAAGAAGAGGAUGCAAGAGCCAGCAGUGCCUCUAUUACUGGAGCAGCCUGUGGCCAUGGGGAGGUUACAUAGGUCACAGUGCACCUCUACAGGUGUGCACCAUUCACACAGCCAUCACAAGAGCAAACAUUCUGGGUGGUACUUCAGUUCAUGGUACUGUGGAAAAGCGAGCAAAGAGGGAUGUCAUGCUGUACAUUCCUCAGUCCUUCCCUGUCCAGCAUUGUGUUAGCCACCUCAGUGUCUGGCAGGGAAUGACUAUGAAAACUCAUGUGCCUAACCUUUUAUUAGACAGAAAUGAAUGCGUUAUGAUUGGCACACCUAGUUUUGAGCCUUGUUUAUAUUAUCAGAAUGUGAGGUACUUAUCUGGUCAAGCCCAAAAGCAGGUGAAGGAGACGGAGGAUGAGAAAACAGGUAAAACUGAUGAGGUGCCUAAAGGAGAUGACAGCAGCACAGUGAUAACAGGAAACACUAUCACCAGUACCAACAAGAAUGAUAAGAGCAGCACUACAGAGGGUCAGCAAGCUUCAAAAGAAGGUGAUGGGAGCAACAAAGUGAUACCAGAUAACGUUGCCAAAGAUAUCAGCAAAAAUGUUAACAGCACUGCGUUGGGGAGUGAGCAACUCCCCUCUCGGGUCCAACGAUACUUCCUGUGGCGCUAUUUGUGGUACCUGAGAAAGUUCCAUGAGUCACUGAAGAAUGAGAUGCCAGACACAUUCAAAAUGUUCCAUAUAUUCACUGUCGGCCUCAAGGAGUUCAUGUUCGACUUCAAGGAGUUGAUCAAGAUCCUGGUGUACCUGAGUUUGCCUGGCUCCACCCUGGACUCCCUGAGCCGCCGUGAGCUGGAGGUGUACUACCGCAUGCCCAGCGACAUGGUCAGGGUGUUCCCUGUCCUUGUGCUCUCUUCUCUCCCUUUUGGCCAGAACGUUGCCUUCCCCAUUGGGUAUUGGUUCCCCCGCCACCUGCUGUGUUACCACUUCUGGGACAUCAAGCAGCGGCAUGAAUUUGCUGUGAUGGGCCUCAAACAAAGGCUGUUUAAUGCCCGGCCAGUCUUUAGGUGUCUUCAGGCAGCGAUCCUAACAAUGGAUGAAGAGGAUCAGGACAAAUGCAGAACAGUUUUCCACAAGCUUGGCUCAGGAGUUCACCCAACUGUAGAGGAGAUCAUAGCCCUCAUCCCGCUGUUCCAGGGAAAACCAUUCCACAUCAGGCAGAUCCGUGCGAUACAUGUGAAUGCCUUGCUGCGGCUGCAUGGGCGGUCAGUGUGGCUGUGGCGGCGGCAGCGGCUAAGGGACCACGCUCGCAUCCUGCACUGCAUGGACGCAGCAAUCUCCAGGGAGGGACUUGACUCUCUCACCCUGGAUAACUUGAGGGCCACGCUAAUCUUCCGUGGCCUUAACCCCACCAACAUGAGCACGGAUGCUAUGCUGGAGUAUCUGCAGAACUGGCUCAAAGUCUCCAAGGAAGUCGAUGCCUCCUGCUACUCCCUCCUCCUCCACCUACCUAUCUUCCUGGCCUACAACCAGCCUACCAACUUUGCCUUGAUAUACUCUAAAUAAGCACCAAGGCUUGUUCCAUUGUACAGUCCAUAUUAGAAUCAAGUAAACUGGCACUCCACUCA